GCCUAGGAGAAGUUUUGUUUACUUCCGGGUUGUUCGAGUCGAAAACAACAGAGGGGUACCAACACGCCCAUAGGCGCGGAGCAAAGCGGAUUAAAAUACCGCAGAGAUGGCAGGCGAAGCUGAAGAUGACAUUCCGGAAUCGGGGGCAGUUUUCACUUUUGGAAAGAGCAAGUUCGCUGACAACAUUCCAAGUAAAUUUUGGCUUAAAAAUGACAUCCCACUCAGAAUAGCGUGUGGCGAUGAGCACACCGCCUUAAUAACAGAAAAUGGGAAGCUCUUCAUGUUUGGUAGCAACAACUGGGGCCAGCUCGGCCUUGGCUCCAAAGUGACCGUCAACAAGCCCACCUGUGUCAAAGCCCUGAAGUCUGAGAAAGUUCAACUGGUGGCUUGCGGGAGAAACCACACGCUUAUCUGCACAGCCAAGGGGAAGGUGUAUGCCUCAGGUGGGAACAGCGAGGGUCAGCUGGGGCUUGGAGACUGCGAAGAGAGGACGUCCUUCAAGAGACUUGAUUUUUUUGAUUCACAGGGACCAAUCAAGAUGCUUGCUGCGGGUUCGAACACCUCAGCAGCUCUCACCGUGAGCGGUAAACUGUUUAUGUGGGGUGAUAACACAGAGGGUCAGAUUGGUUUGGGUAAGGAGAGUCAGGUGUCGUCACCCCAGGAAGUCAGUGUGGGCCAACCAAUCAGCUGGGUCUCCUGCGGGUACUACCACUCGGCUUUAGUGACAGUGGAUGGCGCUCUGUACACAUUUGGCGAACGGGACAGCGGGAAACUGGGUCUGGGCACCCACCAGCUUCCAGGACACCGAGUGCCUCAGCUGGUGAAGAGCAUCAAGGAGCCAGUGAGGCAGGUGGCCUGCGGGGGUGGACAUACAGUGGCACUUGCAGAGGGAAAUGUGUACACGUUCGGCCUCGGUCAGUUCGGACAGCUCGGCCACGGGACAUUCAUCUUUGAGUCCCGGGUGCCGCGUUUGGUUGAGCACUUCAAGAAGGGACGAGCCUGUCAGGUGGUCUGUGGAGAAAACCACACCGCUGUCAUUACGGAAGACGGCUUGCUAUACACGUUUGGAGAUGGCAGACAUGGAAAACUUGGUCUGGGGGAGGAAAACUUCACUAACCAAUUUAAACCAACGCUAUGCCUGCGAUUCCUGAAGUAUAAUGUUCAGGGAGCGAUGUGCGGCGGAUGUCACAUGGUGGUGCUGGCUCGGCCGAGGGCCCGGGGGGCCGGUGAGAUCACGCUGGAGGACAACGAUGUGACGGAAGAUUUCCUGGAGAAACCAUACGUGGAGCUGCAGGGUAACACAGUUGACUCAUCUACGCUGCAGAGGAGCCUCUCAGCCCGGGUUCGCAGGAGGGAGAGGGAGCGAUCUCCAGACCAGUUUGGCACCAUGUUCCGCACACUGCCCGCCAUGACACCGGGUAACCUCCUCCCGCCACUGACCGUCUCCAGCCAGACCAUACCACCACGACUGGCCCCACCUGAGGUGAUCCACGGAAAGGUGCUCAAUGGCACUUACCAACACAGGAACGAGGGGUCGAUCCACCAGGAGCUGGCAGGUGGGGAGACAGACAGUGUUGUAGAAAGUCUGACAGACACUGACAGCGUGAGAGGUCUUGGAGAAACCAGAGACUUCCUGAACAUGACUCAUGUGAUGAAGAUAGACCCCAGUGAUAAAACACUCACGCUGUCUCCAGUUCAAAAGAGGAAGGGUAAGAAUGGUAAGGCUAUAAAAGAACAGGGUCAAAGAAAGCAGAGAAAGCUCUCAGAGCAGAGCAGUUUCUCUUCCACUUCGCUGUCUUGUAAGAGUGAGGCUGCCUCUUCUCUCCGGGCGUUACCCACUGAGCUCCUGAGGAGUCGUAGCACUCGUACUCAGGGCCCGCAGAGGCCCCAGAGACAUCAGAAAAGCAACCAGAACAAGGCGAAUCUGAUCUUGGCUGUAGAGGAGUUGCAGGAGAAGCCCAGUACAAACAAACCUACAAGCAUCAGGGACAUAAAUAAGGCAGCAUCCAAAGAACAACAAAUGCAAGUUCACAGUAAAAGCCAGGUGAUAGGGGUUCGCAGGAAGCUGGCAGCAGACUCAAAACAAAGUCCAGAAAUUAUGAAGAAAAGAUUAGAUUUCAACUCUAAAUCUGCUAAAGUUGAGAAAGUGGAGUCUAAGCCUGUGAGGGUUAAAGGCACACCCACAGGAAUCAGUUCGCCAGGUAAACUCAGUCAUACAGACUCAGCAAGCUUUCACCUGAGUGACACUUUGGAUGAAGAGAGCAUAGUGGGCUCUCAGCAGGUUUCUGAGGUGAAAAAAACUCCCAAAUCUAAAGAGAAGAAAACAGAUUUGUCUAAGAAAAACAAGAAUGAAAAAAACAUGAAAGACGCUCAAAUCAAAAGAGGGUCAGAGGUUCAGAAAAAGUCAACAGAUCUCAGCCUGGUUGUUGGAGCUGCUUCACUCGCCGCAGGAGCAGCUUUGAUCCAAGCUGGAAGACGAUUAAGCUCCACAUCCCUUUCUGAGAACAGCUGUGCUGUACUUAAAGAGAGUGUGACUAAAUCACUGAGUGAGGAAUCUGAAUCUUACGCUGCCAAUUUUAGCCACAAAUCUGCUGUCAGCAUCAACAUCAUACCCGCACCUGAAAGUCCUGAAAUGAGGACAAUCUCAGAUCAAAGUGAACAGAUGGACUCUGCCGCAAUCAAAGAGGAAGAGGAGGAUAAUGAGGAAGCGGUUGAAGAGGAAGAAGGGCAGACAGAUGCAGAAGUAAGCGAGGAAGAGGAGGAUGUUAGUCACAUUAUUAAGAAAGUGGCAGAGAACGCUGAGGAUGAAAAAGAGAGUGACACUCUUCAAUCUGGAGAGAAGUCAGACAGCGAUGUAGAUGAGGAGGAGGAUGAGAGCAAUGUUGUGGUAGAAGAUGAAGAAGAGGAGGAGGAAAAGAGUGGAGUAACAGAAAGUGAAAGCAAAGCAGAGACUGAAGAGAAAGACAGAAACGGAGGGGUUGUAGAAGAAGAGGAGGCGGAGGAAGAGGAAAGUGAGGAAGGGUCAAGUCACGAAACAGAGAGCAAACGUGGAGAUACUGAAAGUGACUUGGAAGAAGGGGACGAGGAAGAAGAAGGGAGUUUGGAGAGUGAGGGUGAAGAAGAGGAGGUUGAAAGUGAGUCUGUGAGGUCUUCAGAGAGAGAAGAAAGUGAGGAAGAGAGGGAGACCGAAGAAGGAGAAGAUGAAAAAGAGGAGGAAGAAAAGGGUAGUGCUGAAGAAGUAGAAGAGAGUAGUGAAGAGGAAAACAGUGAAAUUGAGGAAGAAGAGGAGGAGGAACAAAGUGGGGAAAAGGAGGAAGAGACAGAGGAUGAGGAGGAGGAAGAAGAAAAAGAAGAGGAUGAACAAAGUGAGGAAAAGGAGGAAGAGACAGAGGAUGAAGAGGAGGCAGAAGAAAAAGAAGAGGAAGAAAGUGAGGAAAAGGAGGAAGAGACAGAGGAUGAGGAGGAGGAAGAAGAAGAAGGAGAAGAGGAGGAAGAAAGUGAGGAAAAGGAGGCUGAAGCGGAAGAUGAGGAGGACCAGAGUGAGGAAGAAGAAGAACAGGAAGAAGAAGAAGAGGAAGAGAAGGAAGAUGAAGAAGAAGAAGAAGAAGAGGAGAAGGCUGUCAAAAAGAAAAGGUCUGCUGAAGUGAAAAGAAUAAGUGCUAAAUCAGCAACUAGAAGCAAACUAAGGUUAGGAGUCAAAGGUCAGGCGGCAGAACGUCACUGUGCGCCUUCAAACAUCAAACCGAUUUGAGGCUAAACAGUAACACAUGAGAGGAAAUCCAAUUCGUAAUCACCAGAGCAUGCGCCAUGAAUAAUUACGGGUUUAAGUUCGGGCCUGUCGUUUAUUUGGAGCAACACCAGGACGAGUGCAGGUGUCCAUGAGUUGUGGUUGCAUUAUUUCUGCAUCUAGGUAGUGCUAUAAAGGAGGGGUAAUUUCAAAUGCAGCAUUUCUACCAACAAACAUCAGGAAACACAAACUGUUUGUGUCUACAGUUUGUCACAGUGUGUUGUUAGCCAAAGGUCCAGACACUAUAUUUCACAGGGAGAGAAAAGAAAGAGCUAAAUUCACUAAACGAUGGAAAUAGAUAGGAAGUCAGGAGGUUAUAUUUAUAAGUACGGACUGCUCAGUGGUAUUUGAAAAAUUUGUUUUUCCAUAUUGUGAAGCAUGCUGCAAAGCAAACUACGGUAGAUUAUCUGUGUUAGUUAAAGGUUGCAUUAAAAUAAUCUAGUGCAGGAUCUGAGAAGCUGCAUGCUGACUUACCCUGACCUCCGUUAGACUGCUGUUGUUCUGAUGGGCAGCAGAAAAAUGCAGGGAGAUAUUAAUGGUUUCCUUGUUAUGAAUUUGAAGUUAAGUUGAUGAAGUUUAGAUUCAUUCACUGAAUUCCACCUCCAUAUUGUUUAGUAUAGAGACAGCAUAAACAGUGCUGACAGCAAAGAACAGGGCAACUCAUAAAAUGCCUUCUUACAUUUGUUGAAUUCAGUUGUGCAACUCCACAGAAAAAAUCGCUAGUAGAAACGUCCUUCAAAGAGCUACUUUUUACUUUCUUACUUUGACUACAUUUCAUAGCCAGUACUUUUUCACUUUUACUUGAGUAAAGAAGUUAAAUCAGUACUUAAGUACAGAAUGUUUGUCCUUUUACCACCUCUGGAAUACACAAGCUUCUUUGUGUUUAUCUGAAUUUUAUGUUUUCAUUCUGAAACAGCUGGAACAUUUGCAUGUACUGUGCCUUUCCCUCUUACAUGUUAACCACAACAUCUUUUUGAUUUCAUAUAUUAUGAAUGUGUUUCUUUAUAGCUUUCUGAACCCUUUCUCUCAUAACGUUGUGGUGUUUUGGGCUGCUCUUGUAUUUCCAUCCAGCCUUUUGCUUUUGGUUUACAGCAAUGCUUACUCAUGUUUGUCUUAAGUAUUGAUUUAAAUGCUUUUUGGUUUACUUGUAUUUCCUUGGAAGCCUUUUCUUUUUGCUUCUGCUUCUGCUCAGUUAUACAUGGCUCUUGCAACCAGAAUUCUCUGAAUUUCCAGUAAUAUGACUGGAAAUUCAGAGUACCCAAAUAUUCUUCAAACCUUCAGCCUUAAUCUUUGUCUUGCUCACAUUUAAAUAUUUUAUCUGGAAUUAUUUAUGUUGCUAUUUCUAUUAAUUUGUAUUUGUAAUAAAUAUUUGUGUUGCAUUACAUUGUGGGUGUUUUUUUUUUUUUUUGUAUUAGGACAUAGGACAUUUGUUAAAGUAGUUCUUAAUGAUACUUAAUAGUCACAAUUGUUUGUGUAGAUUCACUUCUAAACAAGAUUGUAUUAGUUAUUUAGACCAGGCUGACAUCUGCUUCUGCUUCCAUUUCAUACUUAAUUGCAUGCCAAAAUCUUUCAUUUUUGUAAAUGUAAGUUUCUUCUGAGAAAUUAAAAAAAAAACCUCAAAAAAACAAUCUCAGUGGAAAAAAGGCAAAAUUAUAUGAAUGUUAACCAUUAGACUGUUGUAUUUAUUGUAUCCAGUAUGUCUUGCCCUGUUAUAUAAUGCCUGGAAAAGA